GUGAAUAUUUUCUGUUGAAAACCUUUCCGGAACAACAAACAUCAUUUGUUUGGAAAGGAACUUAGAAAGAAUUUGGAGAAUUUUGUUGUUCUUCGUAGAUUACAAAGAAUCUAUUUGCAACCAUGGAUCCAGCACUUUUAAAGGAACGUGAAGCUUUCAAAAAGCGGGCUAUGGCCACGCCAACCGUGGAAAAGAAACCCAAGGUGGAAAAAACAUUUGUGGCACCAAAGGAUGAUCGACAAAAGAAAAUACGUCCGCCAACGGCACCAAAACUGGAUGCAACAACCUAUAAAACUAUGGCUGGCAGUUCCCAGUACCGAUUUGGCGUUUUAGCCAAAAUAGUAAAACAUAUGCGUACUCGACAUCAGGAUGGAGACGAUCAUCCACUCACAUUGGAAGAAAUUCUUGAUGAAACCAAUCAACUAGACGUUGGACAGUCAGUUAAAAAUUGGCUAGGAACUGAAGCCCUUAUGAAUAACCCUAAAAUUGAGGUUUCACCUGAUGGACAACGUUUCAGUUACAAACCCGUUUAUAAAAUUAAGGACGGCAAAAGCUUGUUGCGUUUAUUAAAACAACACGAUCUUAAGGGAUUGGGUGGCAUUUUAUUGGAGGAUGUUCAAGAGUCACUGCCACAUUGCGAAAAAGUUUUAAAAAACCGUGCGUCGGAGAUAAUAUUCAUUGUUAGGCCUAUUGACAAAAAGAAAAUUUUAUUUUACAAUGAUCGCACUGCCAAUUUCACAGUUGACGAAGAAUUCCAAAAGCUUUGGCGUUCCGCGACUGUUGAUGCAAUGGACGAUGCUAAAAUUGACGAAUAUCUUGAAAAACAAGGUAUACGUUCUAUGCAAGAUCAUGGACCAAAGAAACAAGUUCCCAAACGCAAAAAACUGGCCAAUAAGAAACGACAAUUCAAGAAACCCAGGGAUAAUGAACAUUUGGCGGAUGUGUUGGAGACAUAUGAAGAUAACACCCUAACGAUGAAAGGGGUUAAUCCUACAUAAAUAUAUUUGUUCUAUUUAUGAACCAUAAAUAAAAAAGUACCUAAUCAUCAGUGGAGUUUAAAACAG